AUGCCGUUCUACAGGCGCACAGUGGUACCCCAGCGCCUGUGUCCGCGCAACCCACCGCAGCCGCUGACCGAGCUCCGCGACGUGAGCCACCUGGCCGCGCUCAGCCUGCUCCGGCAGCUCGCCGACCUCUGCGGCCACUCGCUGGCUCUGCUCGAGGACCUCGAGGGGCACCUGCUGGCCCUGGGGCGCCGUACCGACAGCCUGUUCCGCCGCACCGUACACCUCCGCCGCCGCCUUCCCUGCCGCCUGCUCGGCCCGGAGGACGACGAGGAAGAGCUAGCUGCAGCUAACUCGGGUCGGGAAAAUGCGACAGCGACUGCCCACUCGAGGUCGUCAUGGCGACAGCCAGUGAACGUGUUCCUCUCCUCGGGCAGGCCCCCGAGUGUAGAGGAGCUGCUUCGCGAGGCGCAGCUCAAUCUCCAGAGCCUGUUGCAAGAAGAAUAUGAGGAACAGUACUCGGAGGCCAGACUUCUGGGGCAGACCUUCCGCUCUGCUGAUGAGGCCCCUGAGCCCACUCCCAGCCCAAGGCCCCAGUCUGCCAGGCGUCUGGAGUUUGUACUGAUGCCCACAAAAUGGCAGCUGAGCGAGGAUGAGACUACCAUGCAGGGUGUGAGGGCCCCUGAGGCCUCCCUGAGCCUGCCUACCACAGCCGACAAGCAAGCUGCCUGGAAUAGUCCCUUCCCUCUGCCCAUCCUAGAGGAGAAGCGAUGGCUUCAGCCUUGUCCCACGCACUCUGACAUCGUGCCCAUCAAUGUCUCCGGGCAGCAGUUUGAUAAACAUGCAAGUUUGCGACACUCGUUGUUUAACACAGAGACAGCCGUGAACCCCAAGUCCACCCUGAGGCGGAGGCGGACCAUUAUUGGAUUCUCUAACUAUUCCCAGCGAGACCAAGGUCACAGCAACAGCCCCACAGGCAGUGUGGCCCGCUCUACCACCUCAGACAUCAAGCCCAGCCAUUCAGUUCCAGGAGGUGUUCAUGGAAGAGUUGCCAUCAGUCAGAAAGCUCAGUUACCAAAUCUCACCUCGCCAGUAUUGAGAAAUCCUUCUAGUGAUCCGGAAGAACCUCUCCAGGCACGUGGUGGCACAAAAGUCCCUGGCAUGGAGAGCAUGGGGAUGGUGUACAGCGUCCCCAGUUCUUGCAAUGGACCAACAGAAUCAACGUUCUCCCCUUCCUGGAAGGGAGAUGCUUUUACCUAUGUGACUCCAAGUGCCACUGCUCAGAGCAGUCAAGACAAUGAAAAUGGAAAAAGUCCUUCCUCUGGGAAUUCUUGGAUCUCUCUGCACACAUUGCCACCUCUGGUUCCUAAGGAGGCUGCUACCUUCUUUGUCACUCGUGAUACCCCAGCAGGAUGCAGUGGGUCUGCUGGCUACUCUGAGCAUUCUACUCAACGAAGGCAUGUAUCAGAACGACCCUCCAAGAUUGCCCUCCUGACUGGUGAUACCUCAAGGCUGGAGACAGGCCCAGGUGGGGCCAGCAGGUUCCGGGAGCGGUCACUGUCUGUACCCACAGACACAGGCACCACGGAUGUGGACUAUGACGAGGAGCAGAAGGCCAGUGAAGCCUGUGCCCUGCCUUAUGCCAGUACAAGUUCUGAGGGCAGUAACAGUGCCGACAACAUUGCCUCCCUUAGCGCCCAACAGGAGGCCCAGCAAAGAAGGCAGAGGUCCAAGAGCAUCUCACUCAAGAAGGCCAAGAAGAAGCCUUCCCCUCCGACUCGCAGUGUCUCGCUGGUCAAAGAUGAACCAGUCCUCUUGCCAGACGGUGGGUCAGCGCUACCCAAGGACCAGAGGCCCAGGAGCCUUUGCCUCUCCUUGGAACACCAAGGACAUCACUCAUCCCACCCAGGUACUCAGGGUCACCCAGCUGUGCCAACCUUCAAAGACCCAGAAGGUACACAAUUCCCCCACCACUGGUAUCUUACUGACUGGAAGUCUGGUGACACCUACCAAUCCUUGUCCAGCUCCAGCACUGCCACUGGUACCACAGUCAUUGAGUGCACCCAAGUUCAGGGCAGCUCAGAGUCUCUUGCCUCCCCUUCCACCUCCAGAGCCACAACGCCUUCCCAGCUUUCCAUCGAGGUGGAGGCCAGGGAGGUAUCCUCCCCAGGAAGGCCCACUGGGCUGAUGUCACCCUCCAGUGGAUACUCCAGCCAGUCAGAGACACCAACACCCACUGUCUCCAUGUCCUUGACCCUGGGCCACUUUCCCCCUCCAAGUGGCAGUGUCCGGGUGCGUCCAGUGGUACCUGAGAGGAAGUCAUCACUGCCCCCAACAUCACCAGUGGAGAAAAUGUCCAAGUCACGGCUACCGUUUGACCUACCAUUGACCUCUUCAACCAACCUGGACCUGUCUGGGAUGAGUAUCUCCAUCCGAAGCAAAACCAAGGUGAGCCGGCAUCACUCGGAUACAAAUUUUGGGGCCAAGCUGACCCAGAAAACUAGCCCCAACCAGCCAAUCAUGCCCAUGGUUACUCAGUCUGACUUACGUUCUGUUCGCCUGAGGUCAGUCAGCAAGUCUGAACCGGAAGAUGAUAUUGAGAGCCCUGACUAUGCUGAGGAGUCAGGAGCUGAAGUCUUCACCUUGCCAGAGAGAAAGGCAAAACCUCCCAUAGCCGAGAAGCCCCCACUGGCCCGAAGGCCUCCAAGCUUGGUCCACAAGCCACCGUCUGUCCCCGAGGAGUACCCACUAACUUCGCCUACCUUGGCUAUGACCCCCAAGACCUCAAUUCAACAUAUGAGGCCACUCCCUCAAGAUAUAUACACCGUGGUGCGGAAACCAAAGUCCUCCAGCUUCCCUGAGGGCAGAACCCUGGGGGAGUCAACAGCACCCUCAUCUCUUGUUUUCACGCCUUUUUCCAGUUCCUCUGGUGCUUUCUUCUCAGGAACACAGCAACCUCCCCAGGGAAGUACGGAGUAUGAGGGCCCCAAGGGGAGAGCCCUACCUGAAAGAAUUAGCCUCCAGAGCCAAGAAGAAGCUGAGAAAAAGAAAGGCAAGAUUCCACCUCCUGUACCAAAAAAGCCCAGCGUGCUAUACCUGCCUCUCACCUCACCUACAACUCAAAUGGAGGCCUACACGGCUGAACCAAGGCUGCCUCUCAGCCCCAUCAUCACCCUGGAGGAAGAUGCCAAGUGUCUCCCAACUAGCGACCACCUGCCAUCGGCUGGUACAAGGACAACCUCCACGCCACAGGCUGACAGUGAAAGGGAGGCAAGCCCUCUGGGGAGCUCGAUGGAACCAAGAACCGAAGAAAAAAGUGUAAUCAGUGAUAAAACAGCCGAAUGGAUUGCGGAAGAUGAUGAUGAUGUGUUUGUGGCUUCACGAACAACUGAAGAUUUAUUUACUGUGAUCCACAGGUCCAAAAGAAAGCUGCUUGGCUGGAAGGAGUCUGGUGAGGCCUUUGCUGGUGGCAGCAGACCAACCUCCCACUCACCAAUAAGGAACACGGCUGAGUCUCCUAUCAGUGAGUUGGCUGCCUCUGCAGGGUCAAGCGGCAGUGCCAGCCUAGAUGCUGGCAGAAAUGAUGAUUUCAAGGCCUUGCUACAGAAGAAGGGAAGCAAGGCAACUCCAAGGUCCCGCCCCUCAGCAGCAGAACUGCUGAAGACCACUAACCCAUUGGCUCGGCGAAUUAUUGCACAAUUUUCAAAAGACUACGAACCCCCUGAUAACCCCAGUAGCUAA